GUUAUCCCAAUAUUAUUGACAGAAUUACAUACUCUCCCCUAUUCCUCUAAUCUCAACCACAUCUCAAGCCCCUAUAUUAUCCGAGUCUAAUAUAUAACGUCCCAGAAGCUAUCCUUGACAAGAUGGAAGGUGAAUGUCUCUGCGGCGCCAUCACCGUAACAAUCAACGACUCGGAACUCUUCUCUCGUCCAAGAGGCCAUUUAUGUCAUUGUCUGAAUUGUAGAAAGACAGCCUCAUCGGCAUUUGGGAGUAAUCUGGCAAUCGAGAGUGAAAAAGUGACGAUUAAAGGGGCGGAAAAUAUGAAUGUGUAUGAAGACUAUGAUACCUCGAGCGGAAAAUGUGUUAGGAGACACUUUUGUAAAACAUGUGGAAAUCCAAUUCAAUCAAUCGCCGAAGCAUAUCCUGGUAAGACCAUUUUGAAGAUGGGAAUCUUCGAGAAAGUAAUGACGCCAGAAUGGGAAAGUUUCGUGAAGGAUAGACAUCCAUGGGUACCAGCAUUGGAAGGAGCGGUGCAAUUCAAGUCGGAAAGUGGUGGAGAGAAAAUGUAGUGAUGUUGGGUUGUUUUGAUAUUUCGAGUUUAAGAUACACCGUAUAUGGCUAUGGUUAAAAUGACAAUAGUUGGAAACGGUUCAUUUGCUAUAAAAUGUCGGUAAUCUUAUGUUAAUUUGAAUGACCAUGUAUUUCCUAUUU